ACAGGUACUAAAAUACUUCAGAAAGCUCCAGAAGUAGAGCUAAUACCUUGGAACACCAAAAAACGAAUGGAAACGCUUGAAUUAUCGCGGGUAAACAUGAUAGGAGGCGUGGCUUAUCUGAAUCGUAGGACGGGCGGGAUGUUUGAUAAUUUAAGUUAGACAGAAUUGCGGUUUACUAUAUCACAAGUAAUGACAAGUUAGUAUAGAGUGAUAUGGCUCUUCAGGCUGAGGUGAUUGAGUUUUUAAUUCCUUCAGAAAACAACAAAACCUUGUUUGUAUGGAAUUUGCAGCCCUGCUUGUCUGACGCGGAGAUAUACAACUGUCUCUGCAGCACAUUUUCCGAAUUUGGUUUGCUGUAUUCACUUAGAGUGUGUGAAAAUGCUUCUCAGGCAGAACCAGGCUACUAUGCAGUUGUGAAAUUUUUCUCUGCUGUGGAUGCUAGCCGGGCACAAAGUGCUACUGACGGGAAGACAUUAUUUCAACAUUCUCCUGUAAAGGUUCGAUUGUGCACAAAACUGAAUGAGAGGGGAUUUCAUUAUCGGAGUUACACUUUGAAUAGCACUAAGUGUCAGGAGUUGGCCAAUUAUUAUCUUGGGUUCAAUGGCUGGACAAAGCAAAUAAUACUGCUACAGAAUAUCUCUGGAACUGAACAGCUUGAAGAUGAGGAAGCAAAGUUGCUGCCAUCUCGAAAUUUGAAAUUCCUUUGUGUUGUAGAGAUAAACUUUAGAAAUCAUGCAGUGCACAGUCGAGGAGUUGGUGUUGCAGAAGAGGAUCUAGAAAAUAAUAAAGAUCCCACAGAAUAUAUCAUGAAGCUGAGAAAAGUGCAGAAGUUUGCAGUGCAAAAAGCUGUAUCAGAUGCUUUUCAGAAGGUACUACUUAUCAUUUUAGGUGAAUGAUUUAUCGUGGACUCAGACCCAGCAGCAGCGAGAAGAGGAGGUAUUGUCCGAUAUUAGCUUUGAUGUUGAACAGCUUAAACUGCUGGAAUAAUUCGCCAAAGUCUACAUUUUUGAUGGAGGAGGAUAGAACACCGUUAUGCUGCUUUCUUCCUUGGACCUUUGGUUCUGGCUGUAAUCUCAGUAAAGAGGCUCCCAGCUGAAGUCCUGUGUGAAAUAAAGCCCCAUCUGAAAGCUUUGUUCAAAAACGUUA